AUGGACACUGAAGCUGCCGCUCCCUGUUUGUCCCCUCUCGGUGACACCGGCCCGGGGCUCGGGGACCUGCGGCGGUGCCGCCCCGUCACCACGGACACCGAUCCCGCGGCUGGAGCCCGGCAGCAGCACCGGGAGCGCCCCGAGAGCCGCGGGACGGAGCCGGGGGUGUCCCUAAACGCCGCCCCAAAGCUCGCCCCAUCCCCGCCCCAGCCCUGCCCGCUGCCCCCGGUGCCCAAAGCCCCGCACCCGGCGCUCCCCGAGCUGCGUCUGAGCCCCGGAGCUGCUGCGGAGCCUCGGCCGGGCCCGGGCCUGGGGCGGGCGGGGGCGCCGGGAGGUGCCGGGAGGGCGGAGGGGAGCGGGGACCCCGGGGAGGAGCCCCCGGCACCGCGGGAGCGGAGUCCUGGCCUCGGGUCGCUGUCGCGGGUCGCGGCCGCCGUCGCGCUGCGAGGGCCGGGACUGUCCCGGGCUGCGGGGACCGACGGUGGCGAUGUGUCCCGAGCGGCGAGCCACCAGGCUGGGGACAGGUGGCCCUGGCAGCCAGUGACAGCCAGUCCACAUGGCUGGGGACAGCGGGAUGGCCGGGAAGCCCAGACCCUCGGCCUCGCUGGUGCCCAGACCCCCCAGCUCCUCGUGGAUCCCCCCUGGGAGCCGGCGGUGCUGUGGGACGAGGUGACACUGACCUGCCAGGGCUCGGGGACCGCCGGUGCCACCACCUGGUACAAGGACAGGCGGUACAGGGGACAGCAAGGACGACACCGCGUCACUGUCACCGAGAGUGGCACCUACCGGUGUGCCAGACCCGGCAGUGGGCACAGCCUCCCCGUGACUGUCUCAGACGACUGGCUGGUGCUGCAGGUGCCGGCGCGGGCGCUGCUGGAGGGGGACACGGUGACACUGCGCUGCCGGGGCUGGCGGGACAAAAAGGUCACCGAGGUGUCCUUCUACCACGAGGGGCAGGAACUGGGGCUGCUCCCCGAUGGGACCGAGCUGUCCCUGUCGCCUCUGGAGCUGCACCACAGCGGCCGCUACCGCUGCAAGGGCCGGCUGGGAUGGUGGGAGUGGAAGGAGUCAGCGCCGGUGACAGUGACAGUGCAGGAGCUCUUCCCUGUGCCGGUGCUGGAGGGUCCCCCCGAGCCCACCGAGGGGUCCCCCCUGAAUCUCAGCUGCCUCAGCACCCCCAGCCCCCUGCGGCCCCGAGCCCGCCUCCUGCACGUGUUCUACCGGGACGGGCAGAGGGUGGGGGGCCCGCAGGGGUCCCCGCAGCUGCUGGUGCCCGCCGUGGGGGUCUCCCACUCGGGGAAUUACAGCUGCGAGGUGCGCUCCGAGGGGGGGGCCGUGCGGAAGAGCAGCGCCCGGCUCCGCGUCACGGUGCGCAGGGUCCCGCCCUCGGGGGUGUCCCUGUGGGCACAGCCCCCCGGGGGACAGGUGGCACUGGGGGACCGCCUGGUGCUGAGCUGCGCGGUGGCCACGGGGACAGGUCCCCGGUCCUUCUCCUGGCACCGGGAGGGCUCGGGGGCACCGCUGGGCACCGGCCCCCACCUGGAGCUGCCCCACGUUGGGGACAAUGACAGCGGCCACUACCGGUGCCGGGUCAGCGAUGGGGACAGCGUGGCCGAGAGUGACCCCCUGAAUGUCACCGUCCUGGUGCCCGUGGCCAAUGCCACCAUCACCCCCGCUCCCCCGGCACACCAGGUGUGCCCAGGUGACCCCGUGACCCUGCGCUGCUCAGUGCAGGUGGGCUCAGCCCCUGUCACCUUCACCUGGCUGCACAACGGGCAGGAGGUGGCCCGGGGUCCCCUCCUGGAGCUUGGGAACGUCAGUGUGGCACAUUCGGGCACCUACCAGUGCGUGGCCACCAACCAGCUGGGACAGGACGAGCACCGGGCACUCAGCCCAGAGCUGGCACUGACGGUGACACCGUGGGGCCACAGGGACACAGCAGUGGCCGCAGGGGUUGGCGGGUCCCUCCUGGCCCUGGUCCUGCUCGUGGGUGCCAUCGUGGGCUGGCAGCGGUGCCACCACCGGGCCUCCAGGACCCCCCAGGACAGGACCCCCGUGGUGCCCCCCGAGGGGGGGGAGGUGCUCUACACCCACGUGGUGCCCACCGCGAGGGCAGCGGGUGAGCGGGGACAGGGACCUGGUGCCACCCCCGAGGCCCCCCAGGUGACGUACGCGGAGCUGCCGGGCCCGCGGUGGCACCCAGGGGACAGCGGUGACUACGAGAACGUGCUGUGACACUGCGGUGGCACCGGGGGGUGGCACCGGGUCCCCAAAUGCCACCCAGGGGACAGCGGCGACAUCGACGAGACCGUGCUGUGACACUGCGGUGGCACUGGGUGGCACUGGGGACAGCCACCCACGUGUGUCCCCUCAUCCCGUGGGUGCCCAGCCUGCCCGUGGCCACCGCGACCUGGCCUUGUCCCUGUCCUUGUCCCUGUCCCCUGGCCGUGGCUACUGAGAUCUGGCGGCAGCUGGCCCUGUCCCCUCCCUGGGGCCACUGGGACCUGGCUCUGUCCCCUGCCCCUGGCCACCAGGACAUGUCCCUGUCCUUGUCCCUGUCCCUGUCCCUGUCCCUGUCCCUGUCCUGUCCCUGUCCCUGUCCCUGUCCCUGUCCCUGUCCUUGUCCCUGUCCCUGUCCCUGUCCCUGUCCUUGUCCCUGUCCCUGUCCUUGUCCCUGUCCCUGUCCCUGUCCUGUCCCUGUCCCUGUCCUUGUCCCUGUCCUUGUCCCUGUCCCUGUCCCUGUCCCUGUCCCUGUCCCUGUCCUUGUCCCUGUCCCUGUCCCUGUCCUUGUCCUUGUCCCUGUCCUUGUCCCUGUCCCUGUCCUUGUCCCUGUCCUUGUCCCUGUCCCUGUCCCUGUCCCUGUCCUUGUCCCUGUCCUUGUCCCUGUCCCUGUCCCUGUCCC